CCGCUCUCACUUUCACAUCUCGCAGAUUCACUCCCCUUGAGCCACAACGAGAGAGAGAGCGAGAGAGAGCUACUGGAUCAAACAGUGUAUGUUGGCGGCUUCUGAUAUUCGAAAAGAUGUCUGCUCGUCAUGAGAAAGAGAAAGGCGUUAAUGUUCAAGUGCUUCUUCGUUGCAGACCAUUUAGUGACGAUGAGUUGAGGAACAAUGCUCCUCAGGUUGUUACUUGCAAUGAAUACCAGAGAGAGGUUGCUGUUUCGCAGAGUAUUGCUGGGAAGCAUAUUGAUAGAGUAUUCACUUUCGACAAGGUCUUUGGUCCCUCUGCUCGGCAAAAAGAUCUUUAUGAACAAGCAAUGGUGCCAAUUGUAAAUGAAGUUUUGGAAGGCUUUAACUGUACUAUUUUUGCAUAUGGUCAAACUGGUACAGGUAAAACAUACACAAUGGAAGGGGAAUGCAAACGGUCAAAGAGUGGGCCUCAUGGAGAACUGCCUCCAGAAGCAGGGGUUAUACCAAGAGCUGUUAAACAAAUAUUUGAUACACUUGAAAGCCAGAAUGCUGAAUAUAGUGUGAAGGUUACUUUCUUAGAACUGUACAACGAGGAGAUCACUGAUCUGCUUGCCCCAGAAGAAAUUUCUAAAGUUGCUUUGGAGGAUAAGCAAAAGAAGCAGUUGCCUCUAAUGGAGGAUGGGAAAGGUGGAGUUCUAGUAAGAGGUCUGGAGGAGGAAAUAGUAACAAGUGCAAGUGAGAUAUUUACCCUUCUUGAAAGGGGGUCUGCAAAACGUCGCACUGCAGAAACUUUGUUAAACAAGCAAUCAAGUCGGUCGCAUUCUCUUUUUUCCAUUACAAUACAUAUAAAGGAAGCAACUCCUGAAGGUGAAGAGCUAAUCAAAUGCGGAAAGUUGAAUUUGGUUGAUCUAGCUGGUUCAGAAAAUAUUUCCCGUUCUGGUGCUCGGGAGGGCCGCGCAAGAGAAGCUGGUGAAAUCAACAAAAGUUUACUUACUUUGGGUCGCGUCAUUAAUGCUCUUGUUGAGCAUCUUGGGCAUGUCCCAUACAGGGAUAGCAAGCUCACUAGGUUACUUCGUGAUUCACUUGGGGGAAGAACGAAAACAUGCAUUAUUGCUACAGUUUCACCAGCUGUUCAUUGUCUCGAGGAGACAUUGAGUACACUGGAUUACGCACACAGGGCUAAGAAUAUAAAAAAUAAGCCAGAGGUGAACCAAAAAAUGAUGAAAUCAACUCUUAUCAAGGACCUUUAUGGAGAGAUUGAAAGGCUUAAGGCAGAGGUGUAUGCUGCACGUGAAAAGAAUGGGGUUUAUAUCCCGAAGGAAAGAUACAUUCAAGAGGAGAGUGAAAGAAAGGCCAUGGCCGAUCAGAUAGAACAAAUGGGAGUUACUAUAGAAAGCCAUCAGAAGCAACUUGAGGAGUUGCAAGAAAAAUAUGAUACCCAAGUUCAAGAAUGUUCCAAUUUGAGCAAAAACCUUGCUGCCACUGAGAAAAACUUGAAUGAAACCUCCAAAUUGCUCGCUAGUACUGAGGAAGAAUUGAAGAAGUGUCAUUAUGCUUUGAAGGAGAGGGAUUUUAUCAUAUCCCAACAUAGAAAAGCAGAGAAUGCUUUGGCUCAUCAAGCAUGUGUUUUGCGAUCUGACUUGGAGAAAGCUCUUCAAGAUAAUGCUUCUUUAUUCCAAAAAAUUGGAAGAGAAGAUAAGCUGAAUGCUGAUAAUAGAGCGCUGGCGACCAAUUUCCAAAAGGAGCUCUCCCGGCAAGUUGGUUCUCUUCAGGACAUGGUUGCUUCAUCAAUGUCGAAGCAAGAUGAACUUCUUCAGUGUGUCGAGAAACUUUGUCAUUCUUUCCUAGACAUACAUGAUAAGGCGGUGAAGGAUAUGAAGAAGAAAUUGACAACUUCGAGGGCUUUAUAUAUUUCCCACAUUGAGGCAGUGCAAAAUGUCGUGCGAUUGCACAAGGCUAGCUCUAUUGCAGGCUUAGAGGAAAUUUCAUCUCUGGCUUCUUCUAAUGUACAGUCUAUUGAAGAUUAUCUGGCAUCAGAGGCUGGUCAGGCGUCAUCGAUAUUUGAGGAUCUUCAGAGUACUAUUUCAACCCAUCAGGGAGAAAUGGCACUUUUUGCUAGGGAACUGCGUCAGAAAUUCCAUGUCAGUGGUGAGCGGAUAAAGGAGGUUUCCGACUUCAUGAAUGGAUUUCUCGAAAAGCUUUUAGAACAAUCCCAAGGGCUGCAGAAUGAUGCAGCUCAAGCUGAUGAAAUUCAAUUGAAAAGCAUUACUGAUUUUCAGAAGGCUUAUGAGGAGCAAUCAAAAUCUGAUGCUGAGAAGCUCGUUGCUGAUAUCAGCAAUCUAGUCUCCAAUCACAUUCGGCGUCAAAAAGAGCUGGUGGACGCAAGGCUUGUUGAUCUUAGAGAAACUGCCAUUGGGAACAAGGCAAAUUUGGAUGUGCAUGCUUCUUCAAUGGAGGGUAUAACAACAGAUGCAAAGCGAAAAUGGCAGGAAUUUUCUAUGCAAGCUGAGAAUGAUGCUAAGGAUUGUGCAGAUUACUCUGCUGUGAAGCAUUGUCGUAUGGAGUUACUCUUACAACAAAGUUUAUCCACUACUGAAUCAGCUUUCAAGCACUGGAAAAUGACUUGUGAGACGGUGAAUGACAUGGGCCGUAAACAUGUUCCAUCCUUGAUGUCACUUACCAGAAAUGCAUUUGACAGCAUUGAGCAACAUGAUAUUGAGAUUUGUUCUGCAAGGGCUGCAGCUGAGCAAGAUGUGGCAAGGAAUAGUAAUGAUUUCCUUGAGCAUAUUGACAAUAUAUCAGAACAGGAGCGGGAAUCAGUAUCUGGAAUCUUGCAAACUGUCAAAGCUCAUGCAGACAUUCUUCAGAGUUUCAUGGAGGAUCAUUCUGGCCAGUCAACAGCCAUUGAGGGAAAAGCACUGGAAACCUUUGAGCAACAAUAUAUGAAUUAUGAACCGACAGGCACAACACCAGUGAGAUGUGAGCCAGACAUUCCCAGCAAGGGGACUAUUGAAUCGCUUCGAGCAAUGCCCAUGGAAAAUCUUCUUGAGGAAUUCCGAGAAAAUAAUUCUUACGAAUCAUUUGAGGUGAAGGAAAUAAAGCCAUCUUUAAUUCCAAGAUCUCCCCUUGUACAACUCAACUAGUUAUUGGCUGUUGGUAUACCAUCAAUCAUCUACUUGCCAAUGAGACCCAAUUUGUCCAUGUACGAAUCUUGUACAUUGUUAUUAUUUCCUUCAGAAAAUUCUUAGGAUUGCAUUAGAAUGGAGGAGGGUGCUGGAGUUUGUAUUUUACAUAAUUCUGGUGAUUAGGAUAAAUUAAUCCCAUCUUGGGAUUUUCAGUAAUAUGUAGCUUAAUACAAGGAUGUAAAGUGAGGCAGAGCUCCACAGUUGGUGAUUUAAUUUUUUUGCCUUCAGGAUGCUGAAUCUGUUAUCAAUUAUGUGCUUACUGUAUGACACUUUACACAAUUCUUGUUUCCUCGAGAGCAGAAAGUGAUGUUCUGUUGGAUAAAUUUCUGUCA